GGAAGGGAAGGAAAUAACAAAAGAAAAACAGAACCUCACCUCCCCACAAACAGAACCAAACCUUUCCUUUCCUUCCUUCAUCCUUUUACCCUUUGGCCUGUGUGAUGUGAGGUGACAAUGUCUGAAGGCUGCUUCAGCUCUUCUGCAGCGUGACAGCUCCCCCCCUCCCCCCCUUCUUAUCCGCAGCAGGAGACAGAAAUUCGGAGCUUAAAAACCCCACCCCUCUGCAACAAGAACCGAGAAUCAAGAGCCCUUCAUUAGUAUGGAUCUUGGCAAUUCUUGCUCUACCCUCUCCAAUCGCAGCUGCCCACCUACUGUUUCCUCCUCCCUUCCCUCCCCCUCAUCUCUUUUUGACGAUUCUUGCUCUGUGCCAUCAACCCUAUCAUCGCCAUCGCCUGCUCUGUAUUGCUGGGCUAAGUGCAGGGUGGCCAUCGGAGCCUCUGUUUCCCAGCUGGAGCUCGCCUUCGAUGACACUGAUUCCACCCCUUUAGCUCCUCUUUCUCUUUAGAUUGGUCGCCCCAUUAUUUAGUUUCGCCCCUCCCCCGUUGUCUGCUGUUUCUUUGGCUUCAAGAAUAACCGCUCAUACCCAUUUUCUCUCUCUCCGUCCUUUCUUUCUCUGUUUCCUUCUUUCUUUCUUUCUUUCUUUCUUUCUCUCAUUUCCUUUAAAGAGACUGAUUUGAUAUUCUUGGGGGAGGUUGGAGAUGUUGGGCCUACUUUGCUUGUUCUCUCCGGCGGUCGCCACAGCCGAGCCACUGAGCAUGGUUUCUCCGACGAUCUUAGCCGGUCACGGUGACCACCGACCCGUCAGGUGUGAUCGUUGUCUACCUCGGUGUUGGAACGGGAAUGAGGAGAAGAAGGGGAAUGGAUUAAGGAGGAGAAGCCUCUGUUUCACUCGACAUGCUCAGGUUACCGCUUCAGCUUCUCCUCGUUCUAGCAACCAAGUGAUGAAGAAGGACUCGUCCCGUUCCAAAAUCUACCAGGAGGUCCUUGAGGCUGCCCGAGAAAAGUUCACUCGAGAGAUCUCCUUUCAGUCCAAGGACAAAGACAUCUCUCUUGCAAAGGUUCUGCUGUAUGUGGCUGCUGAAGAUGAGGCACUGAUGGCCUUCAAUCGAGAGAUGGAUGCUCAGUCCCUUUCGAAUGAGAGAUCUGCUAUGUCCCCAUCAGAGGCUCUAGAGUGGGAUAGUUUACAGCAGAUGCCUUUGGCAGGAAAAAAUAUAAGCCAGUGGAUGGAUGAGCUUGACGUGAUUGCUAAAGAAGUGGAGGCAGAACUCAUUUCUAGAGACAUAGGAUGCCACUUGGUCGAGGUCAUAGAGGCAAUUAAUCUCGUCCUGUUCGGGUUUAGAGGCUUCAAGAGAACCUCUGUACUUGUGGACUCCAAGUGCUCUUACUUGCAUACUGUGCUGAGCUCUAGAAGUGGCAGCGCGAUUUUGCUUAGCAUAAUCUACAUAGAGGUAUGUCGGAGACUCGGUCUGAACAUUGUGGGAUCUCGUGUUGGGGAAGAUUUUUUGAUAUGGCCCCAGACAGGGAACCCAGAGGAACUGUUCAAGGUUACUUCGGGACACAGCCUGUUUGCUAUUGUCAAUGGAAGGUGCGUAGAGGAUCCAAAAUCGAGGGCCUCAGACUUAACUAGCAAUUCUCUUCUGGGUCUUGAGAUAGCUUCGAACAGGGAUAUUAUCGGGAUCGCUCUUGCCAACUUGAUUAGGCUACACUGGAAGCGUGCAUCGAGGCUGACUCGUGGGCUGAUGUUGACUUCCCCACUAAGGAAUGCUCAGAUUGAUACCUCGAAUGCUCCAUUGUUGAGGCCCCAGGAUCUUAGGUUGGCUAUCAUGGCGUCAGAGAGAUUACUGAUUCUGCAGCCCCAUAACUGGGCUCUGAGGAGAGACCACGGGAUGAUGCUAUACUUCAACAGGGAAUACGGGGAGGCGGUCCAAGAGCUAAGCAUCUGCAUGGCCUUUGCCCCUGAAGAGGAGGCUGAGAUUCUGGAACCUUUUGUUGAGAAAUUGCAUCUGCUUCGUCGCGAAUCAUCGUGGAAGUCCUUUGGGUACUCCGAUCAGCUGACCGUACCUUAGUGUAGUUGCUUGGUCAUGGAUCCUAACUCUCUGUCUCUCUGGCCCCCCUCAUUCUUGUUCAUGUGAAGUAUUAUAUCCGUACACGAAUGUAAAACAUGCUCUGGUUGCAUGCUUCUCUACAAAUCAUAAUACUAGGAGGACGAUGAAGCCCGAGAAAGAACAUCUUGGCUGUCGAGGCUUCAGCGGUACAACUUGGAACCAAGAGGGAUUAGGUAAUAUUCCCGUAACUUUGUGACGGUAGUGUAUAUUGUCAUAUAUAAAAGCCAGAAAGUAUUAGUUUUUCACAAUUCCGGGAUGUAUUUUCUUCGUAUCUUAUUGCCAGUGUCUUGAGGAUUAGUCAGACUAUCAAGAUACGUAAGGAGUAUAAACCAACCGAGCUAUUCGGUACCCGGGAUCGGCUCUAUUAA